CCAAUCGGGCGGCGCCCUGUUGGCUGUGUCCGGCGUCCAACAGCGCGGUCCAAGAUGGCGGCGCGCGCGCAGCGGGGUGGCCUGGCGGCGGCCCUCCUUGCCGGUACCCUGCUCGCCUUCGGCAGCCUGCCGCUCGCCCAUGGGCAGGCGACGGAAGGCUCGGCGGCAGCUCCGCCGCACCGCCGCUUUGAGUACAAGUUCAGCUUCAAGGGGCCGCACCUGGUGCAGGCGGAUGGGACCGUGCCGUUCUGGGUGCAUACGGGCAAUGCCAUACCAAGUGCAGAUCAGAUUCGUAUAACAACAUCUUUGAAAAGCCAAAGAGGAUCAGUGUGGACAAAAACCAAGUCAAUAUUUGAGUAUUGGGAAGUCGAAGUGACCUUUCGAGUUACAGGAAGAGGCCGUAUUGGAGCUGAUGGAUUGGCAAUCUGGUUUACAGAAGAGCAAGGCUUGGAAGGUCCUGUUUUUGGGGCAGCUGAUAAAUGGAAUGGUGUUGGAAUUUUCUUUGAUUCCUUUGACAAUGAUGGAAAGAAAAACAAUCCCGGAGUGAUUGUUGUAGGCAACAAUGGAAAACUUCUGUAUGACCAUCAGAAUGAUGGUUCCACACAAGCAUUGGCAUCCUGUCAGAGGGACUUUCGUAACAAGCCCUAUCCUGUUCGAGUAAAGAUAACGUACUACCAAAAAACAUUGACUGUAUUAAUUAACAAUGGCUUUACUCCGGAUAAAGAAGACUAUGAAUUUUGUGCGAAAGUGGAAGAUAUGGUGUUGCCACCACAAGGAUAUUUUGGAAUAUCUGCAGCAACAGGGGGACUUGCAGAUGAUCAUGAUGUCCUGUCUUUUCUGACCUUCCAGUUGACUGAGCCUGGGAAGGAAGUACCAACACCAGAUGCAGAAAUUCCUCAAAAAGAUAAAGAGAAGUAUCAAGAAGAGUUUGAACACUUUCAACAAGAAUUGGAUAAAAAGAAAGAAGAAUUUCAAAAGGAACAUCCUGAUGUGCAAGGACAGCCAGCGGAUGAUCUUUUUGAAACUGUAAGUGAUCGUGAACUGAGGCAAAUCUUCGAGGGGCAGAAUCGAAUUCAUCUUGAAAUCAAACAGCUUAAUAGGCAAUUGGACAUGAUUCUGGAUGAGCAGAGGAGAUACGUCUCUGCAGUCACAGAUGAGAUAGCUAAAAGAGGAGCUGGUUUUCCAGGUCAACAAGGACAGGUUUCCCAGCAAGAGAUUGAGACAGUUGUGAAAACUCAAGAAGAGGUCAUUAGACAAGUAAAUGAAAUAAGGAAUUCUGUGACUGAUACUCUGAGGUUGAUCAGUGGAUCUCAACAUCCUAGCUCUGCUGCAGGAGUCUAUGAAACAACUCAGCACUUCAAUGACAUCAAAGAACACCUUCAUGUAGUAAAGAGGGACAUUGAGCAUUUAGUACAACGAAAUAUGCCAUCUAGUGAGAAAUCAAAGUGCCCAGACUUGCCACCGUUUCCAUCUUGCUUAUCUACAAUGCACUUCUUCAUAUUUGUAGCAGUGCAAACAGUGUUAUUCAUCGGUUAUAUCAUGUAUAGGAAUCAACAAGAAGCAGCAGCCAAAAAGUUCUUUUGAUGACCUGUUCCUUUUGUGUGUACAUAACAGCAACUCAGACAAACAGAUUAUUGGGAAUCUAGCGUACUACUACUGCAUUCCUACAGUCUACUCCCUUGGAGUUCAACACAUGCUGCCAAAUUCGCUGUAAUGAAGAACACUUCAGUAUUGUGCCUGUCAGUUUGGAGAAAUGAUAAAUCUAUGCAAUAUAUUUUGUUACUCAAAAUACAGUGUCCAAAAAUGUAUGCCUGUGCUAUACCAAUAAAACGAUACUACCUGCACACCUAUUUACAUAGCUACAGUAUGUAGUAUACUGUAAAUGGUAUAGCUUUAUAGAUCAAUUUCUAAAUUUGAGAAGAUUUUGCUCUACUAAUUGGAGAAACUACCGCCUCACGCUAAUCUUGCUGGAUAGACAGUGUAAAUCAAUGAAAAACUCUUCAUAUAAACCAGAAUAAUGCAUAGGAUUUUAUACAUUCAGUUCGUUCAACACCAGCAAAUAUUUACAGGUGCCUUGAGCCUAAGCUGUUACAACCCUGACUCUUCUAACUAAACUUAAUAUAUUUUCUUAAAUUGUUCUGAAAAUGUACGGUUGUUUCUUUCAAUUGCAAGCCUUCCUGCAUCAGUGCAACAUCUAAACAGAACUCCCUCUCUCACAGCAGGCUUUGCAAGACCCUUUAUACAGAAAGGCUAGCAAUUGUAUUUUGAGAAGUAGGUGCAUAUAUAUGUGUAACGAGGAACAGCUCUCAUGUAUCAAUUGGAGGAAACCUGUAUUAUUUGUUACUGUGAAUUCAUCCAAAAGUAACUUUGUCUUAAAGCUAGAGCAGCCCAUGCUUCUGUCUUUUGUUAGAAAGACGAGAAGGCUGGGGAUGGUGUCUAGGGGAAAGCUUUAACCUACAAUUGUAUCUUCAGUAUGAGGCUCAGCUUCUGUGUGUAUGCUGCUAAUAGAUCUGACAUACCUCCCAUGUGCAACUAGGAAACGUUUGUAUUAGGGAUCAGAAGGUCUAAUGCGUAACAUCCAAAAAGUGAUAACUUUUGCUUCAUGCUUCAUUUCACAGUCGUCUCUCCUUGGAACUUCCCAUAACUGUCUCGUCACUCACUGGAUCAAAGGACUGCUCCCAGUUGCCCAGCUCAAAUUUUGUCCUGUCUGUUCUUCAAGUGAUAACAACAAAUUUGGACUUAAAUAAUAUUUGUCAGUCAAUGUAGCCUCCUGUUACGUCUGGCUACUAGAAUUUUCUUUCAACACUGAUAGCGUGAUUGUUUCUUAUCAUGUAAGAUUUCAGGACUAGGAGGAGAAGACACUUUGGAAUCCAAUUUGAAAAUACGGGGGAGAACAGGUCUAAAUUGUAUUUGAAGUGUGGAUGAUAAGUAGCAAAUACUUGGCAGUGAUAAGAGAAUCUCACUGUACUGGUCAGGGUAUAUAAAAUACACGGUCACACCUGAUUCAUUCAAAAGUAAAAUUCACAAUAUGGUUUGUAAAUUACCCAACUUCCCAUUUGAAGAAAAUCUGACAUUUAUCAAUGCAUCAAUUACUGUAACACGGAAGACUGUCUACUGUUGUGGGUUUUUAAAAUUCAAACAGCUGACAUUUUCGUAUGUUUGUUUCUGACUAAUGUGAAUUGACACUUGGAGUUCAGAGAUAACCUUAUUUGAAUAAAGAUGCAUAUUUUUAGUAA